UGUUGAUGUUUUGUGAUAAAUGUAUGUUGCAGAAAUGGAACCAAAGUGUGAUAAGAUAUUCACAGGGCUUACUGCAUUCUUCACGCUAACAACAAUAGCAGCAGUGGGCGUCCUGGUUUGGCGAGAGUUAUUUGUACAUAGAACUACAAUUAUCAAUACAACAACUAUCAAUGUAGAUACAAAUAUAACCAAAGAUAAUCUCAUUAAACGUUUUCCAGCAAUAUUCAAAAUGUAUGAAAAUCGUAUCAACUUUCAAAAUUUAGUUUUACAAGGAGCGAUAUUUUUGCAGCCCGUUAAUCAGACAUUUGACGAUGGUAAAAAUUGCUCAUUUUCUUGUAACAAUUAUAAUGGAACAACAUUAAAACGACAGAAACGUGCAACAACAAACGACGUUUACCAUGCGUGUUGUGUUUCAAAUGUAAAUUUCAUAUCACCAGAUAAGAUGCAUAAUAUAUUAAUGGUUCAAAAAGACUUAGUUCAUCUCAAUAAAUUUCGUCAAGUCUUCAAAAAUGACAACUGCAGUCAAGCAGUUGGUUGUACCGGAUGUACAUGUAUGCACCAAAUGGACUUGGUAACAGCAGUAGUAUAUAAACCAGGGUUUAACAAAAAUAACGCAGACAGUAUUGAUCAGAUGGAAAUAGAUUUAUUUUAUAUGCCCGGAUGUUGCAAAUGUGUUAAUGGUCAAACAAAUUGAUUACUAAAUCCAGAUCAUUAAACAACGUUAUUCGUAAAAUUGAACGUUCAUUAUAUGUUUACAAUUCAUCGUCUUGUGUUUGUAAUUUACGCCAUUUAGACAAAUAAUAUAAUAAUUGAUCGUCAGAUUUUGUAUCAUUGGCAAAUGCUUAAAAGAAAUAAAAACUUUGCAUCAGAAACACGUUUAAUUUGACCAU